AUGUGGCUGUUUUCUUGGAUUUGGUUCAUUUUAAUUAUUUUGGCUAUUGCUGGUGUGGACACAAGAGCAAAGACCACACCAUACAUCAAAUUUACGAAAAAAUCUGAAGGAGAAGAGAUACCCAAGGGUCUAAAGCCAUCCAGUGGUUCACCUCAGGAGGAAGAAGAAAACCCACUGAUGSAAAUGCCUGCAAUGGCGGCACCAACCACUGACCCCUCAGCCCUGGAGUCUGCCUUCGCCACCGCCACUCUCUUUUCCUUUGAAAACUUCACUCUUGACACAGCUGAUUUCUUGUUGAAUUGUUGUCGUUGUUGCUCACCUAUUGUGGGGCAGAAAGGAGAACCUGGAAAGACUGGAAAACCAGGUCUUAAAGGAGAGACUGGUAAUAUGGGGAUCCCAGGACCACAAGGAGUCAUUGGACCCCAAGGCUCAAAAGGCCAGAAAGGAGAGAAAGGAGUAAAAGGAGAGCGUGGGGACCAAGGGACAAGCGGAGUUCCAGGAUAUCCAGGAAAACCUGGAGAACCAGGUGGACUUGGUCCUAAGGGGGAUAAAGGAAACAUUGGCUUGGCAGGAGUUAAAGGACAAAAAGGCUCACAGGGAGACCCAUGUGAAAAUGGCACCAAAGGAGAUAAAGGAGACCCGGGGGCCGUGGGCUCUCCAGGAUUGAACGGAGAGCCUGGAGCCAAAGGAGAGAAGGGGGAGAUGGGACAGAAAGGCUACUGCGGAGAUUCUGGGGAGAGGGGAGGAAAAGGGCAAAAAGGGGAGGARGGGGUAAAAGGAGAAAAAGGUAGCAAAGGAGACAUUGGGACAGAAGGCAAAAGGGGCCCCGAUGGUCUGCCUGGAGCUAAAGGUGAUCCAGGACUUAAAGGAGAAAAAGGGGAGUUAGGUCCUCCUGGUCUUUUGGGACCUGCUGGGCCAAAGGGUGAGCUUGGGAACAAAGGGGUCCGAGGACCUAUUGGGAAGAAGGGCUCACGGGGCUUCAAGGGCUCCAAGGGCGAGGUCGCCAAACUCCCGCAGUCUGCCUUCAGCGCUGCUUUGUCAAAGCCGUUCCCUCCUCCCAACAUCCCCAUCAAAUUUGACAAGAUUUUAUAUAAUGACCAAGGGGAUUACAACCCUGCCACUGGGAAAUUUAACUGCAGCAUCCCUGGGACAUACGUCUUUUCUUACCAUGUCACUGUGAAGGGUCGAUCCGCUCGGAUCAGCCUGGUGGCCCAGAAUAAGAAGCAGUUCAAGUCCAGAGACACUCUCUACGGUCAGGAGAUAGACCAGGCCUCUCUCCUCAUCAUCCUGAAAUUAAGUGCAGGAGAUCAAGUGUGGCUGGAAUUGUCAAAAGAUUGGAAUGGGGUUUAUUCCAGUGCUGAGGAUGACAGCAUUUUUACUGGGUUCCUUUUGUACCCAGAGGAAACUCCUAGAAUUUCACCAUAA